GGCAGCAGGCGCUAGAAAGUGGAGCCGAAAAGGAGCCGCGUCUUGCUAUUGCGAAGCCUGUAAGACCCGCCUUAGCUCCGCCUGGCUUGAGGAAGCCGCCGCCGCCGCCGCCGCCUCUGGUCUGCUGGCUUCUCUGCUGUCUGUAGCUCUCUCGAACUGCCAGCUGCAGCGGCUGAGCUGAUCGCUGAAGCGGAGAGACAGAGACACCGGGUGUCACCAGCCGAAGGGAAGAAACAUGGCUAAGUCUCAGCCGGAGAAGCCUCCACGACUUCAGGCAGAGUCUGCCCUAGUCGCAUCCUCAGCUGGAUCGCCUCUGCAGGAGUCAAGUUCUUUGCAGGAGUUGGAUUGGUAUCAACCCCUGAAAGAUUAGUACAUAAGUGGCUGGGUUUUUUCUUUUUUUCUUUCCCUCCCCUCUGCAGGGGUAAAAAAAUCCUUUCUCCGUUACAGUUUGCAUCACCACUUUGGAGCUUUAUUAAUAUCACUAACUGGCUUCUUCCACGCGCUAAGACUGUGAUAGGGCUGCCUGGUGUUGGAGUUCGAACUGUAUUUAGAAUUCUACAGUGUUUUGGAAAGCAAAGAGACGGGGCAUAUAACGGACUGGCGGCGGUAUUUUGAGGACAGCAUCUUUUGAUGGGCACCUGAAGUUCAACCUAUCCGGCUGUUGUUUUUGUUUUGAAACUGGACAAUACAAAGUAAAUGUGGAGGGGGAGGGGAAGAUUCCCUCUUGAUUCUAGAGACAAUUGCUAUGUGGCAACCGGAAAUUUAUGUAUACUUACCAUUUCCCCCUAAUACACUGUCAUCGGCAUUGAAUGGGAUGCAAUCCAAAAAAAACCCAGGCUACUUAGACUAGAUCAACAUGCAAAGUGAACAGAAUACAGAACCAGCUAUUGGAAAAAAACCCCGUUGUGAUCUGUGUGUCUCUAUGUGUAUAUUUCAUUUGGCUUUCUGGUGUGAAGAGCAGAGUUAAUUGAAACUCCAAGACAGGGAUUAGAUUUCACAGACUGAUAAGAACAUGAAGAUAAUGAAAGAAGACGGGAAAGCCACUACACUGCUACGUGAUGACCAAACUGAACCCACCUUUCAUAAAUGGAGGUGAACAAGUGGCAACUCUGCCAAAUUGAAUGGUGGAAGACCUGCCAAAAUUGGCGGACAGAUCUUUUGCUGAGUCUUUUUUCCUUUGCAGAAAAAAGAACAAACUUUUUUUUUGUACAGUAUGCGAGCACAAAAAAGGAAAUGACAUGGAUUCAAUAUUUCACCUCUUCCACACAAAUUUUGUUUACACAUGUAAUAUUAUCACUAACUUUUUCUAUAACCAGAGUGGUGUUAUUUUUGUUUUUUUAAGAAUACAAAACUAACAUGCUGGACAUGAUUUCCCUCACUACACUUGAUAGCUUAAAAGAUGGUCAAACGUUUAACAUCAAUUUAUUCAUUUCUAUGGUGUACAUGAAAGGUGGUGAGAGAUCUCUAUAGCCCAAUACAUUAUCAUUGUGUCUGUAUAGUGUCUCCUCAAUGCACCUCUAGUUGAACAUUGUUUUAGUGCUCUGCCUGAGACCACCAUCAAAAACUGUGUGUCCCUUGUGGCAUAAGUGGUUUUUUGUGUUGUUUUUUAAUGUAAAAGCUUUCAAGUCUAUUUCCCAUUCUGGUCAUUGGAUUUGUGUUUGAAAUCUGAGCACUGUAUUUUUCAAAGAGGUGUAUGCCUGAGGGGAGGAAACUGCCUAAUGGAUCAUGGCUCUAAUGUUUACAGGACAUUCUUUAUUCCUAGCGUUAGUAAUGUUGGCAGUUUCCACUUUUGAAGUCUCUGUAAGCAAUUACUCUGACUGGGUGACUUUUACGGAGGAUCUCAAUCAGUAUGAGAAACAAACAUUGGAAGACUUCAAGGAUAGUCAGAAGAUGAAGAAAGUAGCGCUUCAUCCCAGCUUGUAUUUUAAUGCUGAAGAGAUCCUGGCACUGAAGCAGAAAUCUCGCACAAGCCACCUGCAACUUUUUCGAGCCAUCCGAAGUGCAGUUUCAGUGAUGCUGUCCAAUCCUUCCUACUACCUACCUCCACCCAAGCAUGCCGAUUUUGCUGCAAAGUGGAAUGAGAUCUAUGGGAACAAUCUGCCUCCCUUAGCAUUUUAUUGUCUCCUGUGCCCAGAAGAUAAAGCUGCCUUUGAUUUUGUGAUAGAAUAUAUGGACAGAAUGGCUGGAUACAAAGACUGGCUGGUUGAGAAUGCUCCAGGUGAUGAAGUUCCUCUUGGGCACUCCUUAACUGGUUUUGCCACUGCCUUUGAUUUCUUGUAUGUUUCACUGGAUGAUCUCAGAAGGCAAAAGUACUUUGCCAAGAUAUGGGCUGUGAGUGAGCAAAUGUAUGAAUAUUCCAAAGUCCGAGCCUGGGGCAAGCAACUUCUUCAUAAUCACCAAGCCACUAAUAUGCUAGCAUUGCUCACAGGGGCCCUGGUAACUGGAGGAGGCAUCGAAUCCAGGGCAAACACUUGGAAGCAUGCUGUAGUGGAUGUGAUGGAGAAAACCAUGUUUUUGCUCAAUCACAUUGUUGAUGGCUCGUUAGAUGAAGGGGUGGCUUACGGUAGUUACACAGCUAAAUCAAUUACCCAGUAUAUUUUUCUGGCACAGCGCCACUUUGGAAUUAACAAUCUUGAAAACAACUGGCUCAAAAUGCACUUUUGGUUUUAUUAUGCCACACUUUUGCCAGGCUUCCAGAGGACUGUCGGUAUUGCUGAUUCCAAUUACAAUUGGUUUUAUGGUCCUGAAAGCCAGUUAGUUUUCCUAGAUAGGUUUGUAUUGAAGAAUGGGGUUGGCAAUUGGCUUUCACAACAAAUUAGAAAGCACCGGCCCAAGGAUGGUCCCAUGGUGCCAUCCACUGCCCAGAGGUGGAGCACCCUUCACACAGAGUACAUAUGGUAUGACCCAGGGCUAACUCCCCACCCUCCACCUGAGUAUGGCAAUGCUAAAAUGCAUGUGUUCCCAAACUGGGGUGUUGUUACAUACGGAGCAGGGCUGCCAACUUCUCAGACAAACACCUUUGUUUCCUUUAAAUCUGGAAAGCUGGGUGGCCGUGCUGUGUACGACAUAGUUCACUUCCAGCCGUAUUCUUGGAUUGAUGGGUGGUGGAGCUUCAACCCGGGCCAUGAGCAUCCAGAUCAAAAUUCUUUUACUUUUGCUCCUAAUGGUCAGGUGUUUGUCUCUGAGGCUCUCUAUGGACCCAAGCUCAGCCACUUGAAUAAUGUCUUGGUGUUUGCUCCGUCCCCAACGAGUCAGUGCAAUCAGCCUUGGGAGGGUCAGCUUGGGGAAUGCACACAGUGGCUGAAGUGGACUGGGGAAGAAGUUGGAGAUGCAGCUGGUGAGAUUAUCACAUCCUCUCAGCACGAGGAUAUGAUGUUUGUGAGUGGUGAGGCAGCGUCUGCAUACUCUUCCGCCAUGAAAUUGAAAAGUGUAUACCGCUCUUUGCUCCUGCUAAACCCCCAGAUGUUGCUAGUUGUAGACCACGUGGAGAAGGAGGAAGACUCUCCCAUCAGCUCCAUCAGUGCCUUUUUUCAUAACCUUGACAUUGACUUUAAGUACGUACCGUAUACGUUUAUGAACAAAUACAAUGGAGCCAUGAUGGAUGUGUGGGAUGCUCACUAUAAAAUGUUUUGGUUUGACCAUCAUGGAAAUAGUCCCAUUGCUAGGAUACAGGAGGCAGAGCAGGCAGCAGAGUUCAAAAAGAGAUGGACACAGUUUGUAAAUGUCACUUUCUCUGCAAAGGGUACUACUGCAAGAAUUGCCUACAUAUUCUAUGGGCCUUAUGUCAAUAUUUCCAAUUGUAGGUUUAUUGAUGAUGCCCAAUCAGGGUUUCAGAUUUCUCUAAAUGUCAACAAUACAGAAACGGUUGUGUCUGUUGUAACUGACUAUUUAAAUCUAAUGAUGAGGUUCAAUUACUUAGGAUUUGGUGGUUAUGCUAAAGUAGCUAGUCAAGGAAAAGUGACAAGAUUUGGCCUGGGCACUGAAGCUAUAGAAAAGCAAGUAACAAAUAACAGAAAUGUCUUUCCAUUUGGAUUUAAAGUGAAUAUAAUAGCUGGGCUGAUUUUGGGGAUUAGCUUGGCCAUUUUGGCUUUUCAAUGGCGUUUUUACAUUUCCUUCAGCAAGCUUUUGCGUUGGAUCCUAAUCCUGGUAAUCACAUUGUGGUUUGUUGAACUAGUUGAUGUGUGGAGCUCUUGCACCCAACCAAUCUGUGCGAAAUGGAAUAGUGACAAGGCAAGGACAGAACACUACAUAGAGAAGGACCAAGGACAUUCUGUGAGUUUGCCAGAUGUCAUCAUUACCUCUCUUCCCAGUUCUGGUGCAGAAAUUCUGAAGCAACUGUUUUUCAACAGCAGUGACUUCAUCUAUAUCAGGAUCCCUGCAGGCUACCUGGAUGUUCCUGAAAUGGAAUUUGAGAUUGACUCCUUUGUAGAUACCUGUGAAUGGAAAGCAUCUGAUGUCCAGAGUGGCCGCUUCCAUCUACUCCGGGGCUGGCUGCAGUCUCUAGUCAAAGACACCAAACUUCAUUUACAAAAUAUCCAUUUACAUGAAACCAGUGGAAGUAAGUCCAUUCAACGUUCUAUCACCAGUAAAGACAAAAAGAGGAGGCCCAGGAAAAGAGAAUCCAUCGCAGAACAAAGAAGCCGAUUGAGAGGGAGUACAGACAAAGAUGCUGAAUACAUUCGGGAACUGAAGAAACACCUAGCCUUUUAUCCCAGUGCACGCCCUGUGCUUAGCCUGAGCAGUGGAAGCUGGACAUUAAAGCUUCCUUUCUUCCGAGAAAUCAUAGGCCCUUCACUGAGAGCACUCUAUGUAGUCCGGGACCCUCGAUCAUGGAUCUACUCAAUGUUAUACAAAAGCCAGCCCAGCCUUUACUCCUUGAGGAAGGUCCCUCAGCGCUUAGCGAUGCUAUUUAAAGCAGACGGCAGGAAAGAAAAGUGCAGCUUAAAUUCCGGCUAUGCCUUUGAAUAUGAAUCACUGAAGGCAGAGCUCUCAGAUUCAAAUUCAAACGCAGUCUCUGUGAUGUCCCAUUUGUGGCUGGCAAACACAGCAGCAGCCCUGAGAGUCAAUGGGGAUUUGCUGCCGGCAAAUUAUCAGUUGCUCAAGUUUGAAGAUAUUGUCAGCUUUCCCCAGAAGGUGGCCGAAGCCAUCUAUGCCUUUCUGGGCAUUCCUCUGUCACCUGCCAGCUUAAACCAAAUAUUAUUCGCCACAUCCACCAAUCUUUUCUACCUUCCAUACGAGGGAGAAAUCUCCCCAGCGAGCAUCCAUGCCUGGCAGCGUAAGAUGCCUCGUGAGGAAAUUAAGCAGAUAGAGGAUAUCUGUUCAUCUCUAAUGGACCGGUUAGGAUAUCCAAAGUUUACUGAUUUAGAUGCUGCAGGUCAGCAAUAGUUUGCACUAAGGAUCCCCAGGCUCUUGAGUUUGUAGAUAGGAAUCAAAGAAGUUGGUUUAUUCUUGUAAAAUGUCUGUACAGUCUGUUACACUUGCAGAGAGAGAUUAUUUUAAAUGAAAAGAGAUAUUUGGUCUAGUAAGCCCGUUUUUCCCCCUCCCUUGCCCUCCCCGCCCCUAAACAAAAACCUCGUAAUUACUUUUGCUGCCUUUGAAAAUAAAGCUGUGUGAAUCUUUA